AUGAGCUUAGAAGCCGAGCCUUUACGUUCGGAACAUGUAAGAUCACCAUCUUCACCGUACGACACGCCUCGGAAGCCAGAAAAAGAGCCAUGGCGACCGCAUCGCGCGUUUCGUCAAGCCGUUCAGGACAUUUCCAACAUCAAACAGCAGGCGUCGCAAGUCAUCGACAGAAUCAGCGGCGCUGCCGGAAUCGGACCCAGACAAGGUUACAUGAGCGAAUCUGAGCUCCUGGGGUGGGAGACUAUUAUACGCAGUCCUAGAGAUGGAGCUGCUGCGACCGGCGGCGCAGGGCAGCUGAGCGCUAGUUUAAGUACGCAGGAGCGCGCUGGCGGGAAGUGGAUUAAGGAGCUCUCGUCGAUGGCUAACGUGGUUGUUGGCCGAUGCGCGAGAGUCCUGAUGCUCAAACCGGAGGAGCUAAAAGCGAAUUUCGAGGAGGAGGCGCCCGCGAGCGCGCGAGAGCCCGCGCGGUACGCGCGCAAUUUCCUCGAGUACUGCUGCUUCCGCGCGCUGGCCGUGGCGACGCAGGUGACUGAGCACCUCAAGGACAAAGACUUCCGGCGCUGGACGUUCGACAUGAUGCUCGCGUGGGAGGCGCCGGGAGCGUCGAAUCAGCCCACAGGACAGAUGGACGUGGAGAGCAGUGUGUGCAUGGACGCGUUCGCCCGGCUAGCUCCAGCUAUCCCGCUGGUGGCGGACAGUGUGACGGUGCACGCACUCUUUGAGCUGCUCACCGACGAGUGCCAGGGCGGCCGCCUUCCCUUCGCCAUCUACAAUAACUACCUCAGCGAGCUCGAAAAAACUGUGAAGACAAUAAAGAACUCCACCACUGGAGCGUUGGCAUCGGCUCUAGGGAUAGUGAGGGGCGAGGAGGCAGUGAUAGAGACGGACGGACAGGCGACACAGCCGGUGCUGCAGCACAUAGGCGUCAGUGCCUGGCCAGGUCGGUUGACCCUCACGGACUGCGCCCUAUACUUCGAGCCCAGUGGUGUCGUCUCGUACGACGCAGCAAAGAAGUUUGAUUUGGCCGCAGACCUCCAUCAGACAGUCAAGCCGGACCUCACUGGCCCGUGGGGGGCGAAGCUGUUCGACAAGGCCAUCAUGUACAAAAGCCAUGCCAUAUCCGAGCCUGUGGUCCUAGAGUUCCCAGAGCUAACAGCACACAUGCGGAGAGACUAUUGGCUGUCCAUCAUCCGCGAAAUCAUAGCCGUCCAUUCCUUUGUCCGGACCUACAAGCUAGAAGGUCCGGCUCGCAGGCAGGCUAUAGCCAAAGCCGUGAGGGGUAUAGCGCGACUUAAAGCCGUGUGGAGCUUACAAAAAGCCCUCCCUACCACCCCUGAGAGCCUCCUAACUUUCAUUGCAGCAGACGAGCUCCCGAGCGGGGAUAAAAUCUUGCGGGCCAUGGCGGGCGUGCUUAAGGCGGACUCGGGCAGCCCGAAAAAGGAACGAGAGCAGCUGGAGAAGCUAGGGGAGUUGGCUGCCGCUGCUGUGAGAAAUGCUGGGUUUGGGGGGGGAGGGGGAGGAGGCGGAGGCGGGGGAGGAGGGGGAGGUGGAGGGAGAGGUGGAGGGGGCGGGGGAGAGGAGGAGGGUGGGGGAGCAGCAGCAGGAGGUACUGGCGGAACAGCAGGAGCAGCAGGAGAAGCAGGAGGAGCAGCAGCAGGAGCAGGAGCAGCAGCAGCAGGAGGGAGCAGAUGGCAGCAAGGAGGCAGUGCAGCCGCAGCAGCAGUAGCAGCAUUUCUCCCCGGCACAGCAGGGCUGAUGGGCGGAGGAGGAGCAGGGGCGCUGGGAGUGGGUUCAUCCCCGUCUAUGCCUGUAGGGGAUGUGCUUGUAGGGGAGAUGACGGCUCUUGAACGGGCAGUAAAGAACUCGAGAGACAAGUCGAGUAAAGUGGCCAAGGCGAAGCGGUCGGUGGAGGAGGUGAAGGUGGAGGGCAUCGGGACAAACGUGGCUCUCAUGAAGGAGCUUCUAGUGCCAGCGAUGCUGCUAGGGCAGUGGUUCCAGUCGCUAGCCUCGUGGGAGGAGCCUAUCAAGACCAUGGUCUUUCUAGCCUUUGCACUCUAUAUCAUCUACAAGGACUGGCUCGGGUAUGUCAUCCCGUUCCUCCUCCUGACCAACGCGGUCAUCAUGAUGUGGCUCCGAUUCGUGCAACAGUCCGACAGACGCCGCCCGCCGAAUCGGCGGAACGAGGUGGUGGUGAUCACGCCGCCCAAUCAGAGCGCUGUGGAGCAGCUGGUCGUGCUGCAGGCUGCUCUAGCUCAGGUGAGGUAUCUGCUGUGCUUCCAAACUCCUCGCAGGGCCAUGGACAAGUCCACUUCCACGCACAUCUUACCCAUCCUCUUUGUAGCUGUGAUAUCCUCUCCUGAUAACUCCUCUCAUUCCUUACUCUCCACUGGGCUCUCUCGACAGGUGGAAGCGGCUAUCCAAGCACUCAACAUCGCACUCCUCAAAGCACGAGCGCUAGCCCUCUCCGAGCUCCCAACAGCCACAGACGAGCUUAUUGCCGUCCACAUAGUCCUGGCCAUCCUUCUCGCCAUCCUCCCGGUGCGGGUCGUGGUGCUGCUGGUGCUAGGCGACGUUUUCACACGAGAAAUGGAGUUCCGGAGAGACCAAACGCGACGGCUUGUAAGGAGGUUGCGGGAAUGGUGGCAUCAUAUUCCGGUGGUUCCCGUGCGGUUUAUUGAGAGGGAGAAUGAUGCCGAUUUCUACUAG